AUGCCGAAACUGUUUCUGAUCUCUCAGCUUCGUGCCUGCAUCGUCCUCGCCUUGGCCACCAGCGCCUUUGCUGGUCACGUUGCCGGAGGUUACACCCUGGCCAGCAACCUCGGUUACGGACUCGGCUAUGGCAACCUUGGCUAUGCCGGCCUUGGCUACGGGGGCCUUGGGCUCUCCCAUUACGGCCUUUCCCAUGGAGUUGGGUACUCCGGCCUGACUGGCUAUGGCGUUGGUUACGGACACGGAUACGCCCCAGCCGCUAGCUACGCCGUCGCCGCCCCAGCUGUUACCCGCACCGUUUCCACCUACCACGCUGCUCCAGCUGUGACUGCCGUCCACGCUGCUCCAGCGGUGACCGCUGUCCACGCCGCCCCAGCUGUCGCUACCUACGCUGCCGCCCCAGCUGUGACCAGCGUUGUGCGCUCUGCUCAGGUCGUUGCUGCUGCCCCAGCUGUCACCACCUACGCUGCUGCCCCAGCUGUCACCAGGGUGGUCCAGUCCGCUCCAGCUGUCACCUAUGCUGCCACCUAUGCUGCCGCCCCAGCUGUCACUCGUGUCGCCACCUACACUGCCCCCGCAGUGACCAAGGUUGUCCAGUCCGCCCCUCUUGUCCAGAGCUACGCUGCUGCCCCAGCCGUCACCGCAGUCCACGCUGCUCCAGCUUUUGCUGCCGUCCACGCUGCCCCAGCUGUUACCACCGUUGCCCACGCUGCUCCAGCGGUUGCUACUUACGGCGUCGCCCACGCUGCUCCAGCCGUGGCUACCUACAGCGUUGCCCACGCUGCCCCAGCCGUCGCUACCUACGGUGUUGCCCACGCCGCACCAGUCCACUACGGCUACGGCGUUGGCUCCCUGGGCUACGGUGCCGGUCACUACGGUUACGGCCACGGUCUCCUCGGCUACGGCCUGAACUACGGCUACGGUCUUGGCUCUCCUCUGAGCUACGCCAACCUCCUCCGCAAGAAGAAGUCUGUUGCUGCCGACGCCACUGGCAACGGCGUCAUCAUCGUCGUCGUACCACUUUCAACCCUCGUCGCUCCUGGCCACAAUCUGUAUAAAAGCGCACUCGUGGAAGACCCCAACCAGAAGCUUCUGCUCCUCCAUCGAACUAGGACCACCACCAUGUUGCGUGCCUGUAUUCUCCUCGCCCUGGCCGCCAGCGGCUUCGCUGGUCACGUUGGUCACGUUGCCGGUGGCUACACUCUUGCCAGCAACCUCGGCUACGGCCUUGGCUACGGUAGCCUCGGCUAUUCCGGUCUCGGAUACGGUGGCCUUGGUCUCUCCCACUACGGCCUUUCCCACGGAGUUGGCUACUCCGGCCUUACCGGCUACGGUGCCGGCUACGGAUACGGAUACGCCCCCGCCGCUAGCUACGCCGUCGCUGCUCCAGCUGUUACCCGCACCGUCUCCACCUACCACGCUGCUCCAGCUGUGACCGCUGUCCACGCCGCUCCAGCAGUGACCGCUGUCCACGCCGCCCCAGCUGUCACCUACGCUGCUGCCCCAGCUACCUACGCUGCUGCCCCAGCCGUGACCGCUUUCCACGCUGCCCCAGCUGUUGCCACCGUUGCCCACGCUGCCCCAGCCGUCGCUACCUACGGAGUUGCCCACGUUGCCCACGCUGCCCCAGCCGUCGCCACCUACGGUGUUUCCCACGUUGCCCACGCUGCCCCAGCCGUCGCCACCUACGGCGUUUCCCACGUUGCCCACGCUGUCCCAGCCGUUGCUACCUACGGUGUUGCUCACGCUGCCCCAGCCUACUACGGCUACGGUGUUGGCUCCCUCGGCUACGGUGCCGGCAGCUACGGUUACGGCCACGGUCUGCUCGGCUACGGUCUGAACUACGGCUAUGGCCUUGGCUCUCCUCUCAGCUACUCUACCCUCCUCCGCAAGAAGAAGUAAAUUCUCUUGUUCUAGGCCAUCAAACUGAAUGCAAUGCGCCGAGCAACGUGGAAACUGUUUUCAAGGCUUCAGUCAAAUGUAUUGAUUGUACUGACUACAGAAUAAACUGCUUGCCACA